CACCCCCCCUCUUUACGGAUUCUCCUUUCUUGUUCAGCUGCUGCUCUUCCUCUUUUUCCGCUGUCCUCUCUGAUUGUCAGUGCCACCAUGGAAACUGGGAGCCCCAGGAAGAUCCAGUUCACCGUCCCCCUGCUGGACACCCACCUGGACCCAGAGGCAGCAGAGCAAAUCAGAMGACGUCGGCCCACACCUGCUACUUUAGUGGCAUCCAGUGAUCAGUCAUCACCAGAAAUAGAUGAAGAUCGACUUCCAAACCAGCUGUACAAGGCAGCCUUGUUGAAUUCCCCUCGACAACGACGGAAAGGCCAGAAAGGAACACCGACGAUGAAAGAGCUGCAGUUCCUGGUGGAGCACCACCUGUACAGGCAGCAGCAGGGAGGGGGAGAYGAAUGCUCCUCCGAGAGCUGCUUGUCGGACCGACCCAGUCCUGACUCCGUUCCCCCGGGAGAGGAGCUCCCACAUGACGACGAGGCCACAGCAGAGGCCUUUGAGAAACUGCGCUGCCAAAUGGAGGAGUUCUCAAGGGAGAGCCUAUUAGAGGCUGCUGGUGGACUUGAGUGCCCUCUUUCUGAAGAUGAUUGUUCCAGCGUGGCCAGCGUGACAGAUCCCUCAUCUCAACGAGAGAAUACACAAACAGACUCCAAAGGAGGAGCAGUCAGCAAAAAUCAGCCAUUACAAGAGAAGACAAAGAAAUGUGGCCUGGAUAAAGAGAAAUAAAAAAAAAGUCUGUGUGCAGCUUAAUGUGGUUCAGUCGGCUCAGUACAAUGACAAACGAUUGUCUGCAGAUUCACUUUUAAGAAACAUCAGGGCGUCUAUGUUCCUCUGCAGUCAGGCCUUAGCUGCCACUGUCAGAGCAAGAAACAAGAUUUCUACCUUUAUUUUACGAGAAACAUUUUUUACAGCUUUUUUUUCCUGCACUGAUGGAACGCUAGCCUACUGUAUGAACCUGAGAUGAUAUUUUUCAUACUUCAGUAACACGACCAUCAUCAUACACCUCCUUAGUGUUUAACCUUCCCUUAGAUCAAACAAAUAUACUACUUAUGGUCCUUUUAGACAAUUUUUAACAUUAAACAUGUGCCAUUGAUUCAGCAUUUAUGGUUUAARAAAUAAAUCUAUCUGAACAUCAUAAAGAACAUUAUUUGAAUCCAAAAGCCACCGCUCAGCUUUCUUUUAUUUUCUUAUUUGAUAUCCUCAAAGUAAAUAAGCCCAAGUGAAAAGUACCAAACACUUAAUUAGUGAUUUGGCAAAUCUCACAUGCAUCUGCCAUGAACAYAAUGUUUUUAUCAGACCAGAUAUCUGCACAUGACGUAACACAGUUUGUAUUAUUCUUUUUUUGAUUCAUUGUAUAUAUUUUUAUUUUGUUCAAUGUUGAGCAUUUAGAUAAUGAUUGUGUUGUAUUGCUGCAAAUUCUUCCGAAUGCCCAACAAAUCAGCGCUGUAUCAGAAUAGAGCACAAGAGUUGCUGCUGUUGCAAACAGGUGCUGGUYAAACGUACCUCUAUCAAAUCAUAUACCUACUUUUUUUUACCCAGUGUGCCAUUUUAUGUGACAGUUACUAUUUUGUCACUGAGAGCUAAUAGGAGCUACAGCCCCAAAUGUCCUAAUUACUCUGACAGUAAAACUGAUCAAAGCCUGCUUGUCUUCAUUUGCACCCUGGGCUAAAUAAUUAGUUGCCAUUGUGGGCACAAAAUUGGACGAAGUGUAUAGAGGCUGGAACAAACAGACUUUUAAUUGACUGCUUUUUUUUUUGCCAAAAAGUGUAGGUACGAAGUGACCAAAGUUGUAACGCACACUUAGGCAGCAGUAUAAAUUGACCUGAAGCUGCAACUAUGUUCCUGAAAGAGCUUUGUGCACUUUCUGUGUAGGUAAAACGUUUUUAUCGUCUUUUUCUCCUUUCGGCUGUUCCUUCUUCAGGGGUCACCACAGAGAGUCAUCCUCGUCAACUCCCUUCAUGUUCUCUCUUACUGCAGUCAUCUCCUCUGUCUUUUUCCAGGCAGCUGCAAACAUUGUUUUCUACCUUAAUAAACCAAAUAUUUGAUUAUGAUAAAAAAAUUGUUUAAACAUAAAUAAUGAAUAAAUAAGAAAAAGAAGCAUAUCAAAACCAAUUCAAAUGCCUACUCCAAUUUUUCAGCCAUUAAAUUCAAUGCAUAUUUACUUACUAAUAUUUGAUUUAUCAUGACUGGGCUAUAAGAUUACUUUAUUGUGUGAAACUCUAUUUUCACAGCAUUAACAUUUAGUCAGGCUGGUAAUUUUCUCAUUUGUGUCAUUCUAACUGAAAGGCUGCCAGCUGCACAYAAAAAGAAAAAAAAGCAUGAUCUCUGUCAAUGACCUGUAUUAUUCUUACAGAAAUAAGCCCGAUAUGCUCAAAUACUGGUAGAAAGAUAUGUUGAGCUGCAGAUAAUCAGUGUUUACUUUUAUAUUUAGGAUUUUGAAUUAAGUUAGAGGCUCAGGUUGACAGGAGUUCCUAAAAUAACAUCUAGUUUUGUUUUAAUAACAUAAAUCAGUCAUGCCCAUCCAAAAAAAGAGACUAGCAUGGUGAAGUUGUUUGCACCUCAUAGUAGGAGUAUCUGUGGUUCAAAUCUGAACUUUUUGCGUCUUUUUAUGAGGGGUUUUCAUGUUAUCACUUUUUUGUUUUGUUUUUAUAGUCCAAAACUGUGCAUGUGAGGUUAAUUGGUGUCUCUAAAUUGGCUGUAAGUGUGGGUGUGUUCGCAUGGCUUGUUAUCUCUGGUGGUCUGAGUGAUGAGGGCGCUGCUUCCUGCCCGGUCACUGAAACACUCUGAUGCUAAACAGGAUAAAGUCACUUCAAAAAGUAAAUAAUUCAAGCUGGACCUMAUUUGACUAAAAACAAACAGUGUUUUACCAUCUGAACAAGGCRGAAGUUUAAUCCACUUCCUUACUGACUGCAGAUGUGUGUGUUUACUGUCACACACCGACGUACCAGAUGGUUAGCAGUUAAAUCAUUCGGUUGUGGUUGAGCGGCUGACAAGCAGAGUUCAUUACAGGGAAAUGUGUCUGCAGAUCAAUUUACAUAUUUUGAAUUAAAACAGGAAAACUCAUCUCCAGUUAGCAAAUUGCACCCUCAUUUCUGUCACAUGAGCGCUCAUUGGUAAUCCAGAUCUUGGCUAACAUCUUGCAUGGCACUGAAUGUACAGUGGAAGACCYUUUUUUUUCUAAAUUCAGCAGAUUUAAAAUGCUUUAUUUCACACACAGACAACAUUUACAUUCUGGGCACACGUAGUAUUUGCUGCAUUCUUUAAAAAAACUCUAGUUUUGUAUUCAUUGAAGAAAAUAUAAAGUURAAUGUUUGUCAUCAUUUCAUGUUGUUUCACUGUACAUUAUGUGACAAUCGUUCCAUAAAUUUCACAUCAUGUUCCUCAUGACUGAAAGAAUCUGAUGAACAAAUGUGAACCAGAAAAACAAAAACCAUUUCAGUAUUGAUGUCACUUGUUGAGCAGUUUGUUCCCCAGUUGCAGCAAUGGUUGCUUUUAUUCCAUAAUGAACAAGAAAGAUGGUAAAACAUUCCCAUGAAAGCUUUUCAGUGUGUUUUUUCCCUUGCUGUGUAUUWAAGAACGAUGUAACAUUUGUUGUUUUUGAAUGGUGAUAGUGUACUUUACUUCUAGAGGUUUUAGUUCUAGCUUUACUUGAACUGAUAGAUGAUUACAUCUGUAAUCUAACCUUGUUUGAUACAAUAAAAGGUUUAAGUUGA